AUGUAUGAAAUUUUGAGAGUAUUUUUAUGUUUAAUUGCACAUUUGUAUAAAUGCGCGAAAUCCCGGAGCUUCGUGGGCCACAGCGCGCACGUGACCAACGUCAGGUGGACCAACGAUUCCGAGUACGUGGUGUCUGUCGGGGGAGCCGACCACGCCGUCUUCCUGUGGAGAUUUCGACCCUCAAGAAAGUCCUCUCCCAGGAUGGACUUAGUGAGGCUUCCGUCCUCCGUUGAAGACGAGUCUGACGACGAUGUCCUGGACACGGAGGACGAGCUCGAGGGCAUUCCCGAGCUCACCCUCGACCUAGAGGAAGAGCUCGCCGGGUCGACAAGAUCGUCCGGGUUGGUGUGGUGA